AUUCGAUUGUUAUACCUAUAUCCACAGUUUUUUUACUUCACAGUAAAAUCCAAAUAUUGUUUGUCUCAAAGGUUGAAUUUUUUUCUACUGAAUUUCUAAAUCUAAAUAGCGCAUCCUGUUAUCUGCUAUAUUAUCCCAUUUGGGCUGAUAACAAUUUUAUUAAUACUCAAAGUAACAUGACUAUAAAGCAAAACGAAACUGCCAAGGGCUGGCAUAUUAUGUGGUGGUUAUUUGGAUUGUUUGGUAUUCCCAUCACAUUCCCAUGGCUCUUGUAUAAUGUUGUUGAUGUUAUCCUGCAAAAGCGGAGAAGAGCAAAUCUCAGUGGCAAGGUUGUUAUGAUAACAGGUGCAAGUUCAGGUUUGGGAGAAGCAUUAGCCCAUUCCUUUUAUAGUUGUGGCUGUCGAGUAAUUCUUGUGUCUAGAAGAAAGGAUAUGUUGGAAAAAGUGAAAGAUAAUUUAAUGAAUACGCAUCAUACAGUUCCCACACACCCACCUGUAGUACUUCCAUUGGAUCUGAUAGAUAUUAAUUCUUUACACUUGGAAGUUGAAAAAGUUUUAAGGAUUCAUGGUAGAAUCGAUAUCCUUAUAAAUAAUGCUGGAAUUUCCUACAGAGGAGAGGUAAUUAACACUAACGUUGAUGUUGACAUAAAAGUAAUGCUAGUUAAUUACUUUGCUCAGAUAGCAUUAACAAAAGCUGUGCUUCCAGCAAUGAUAAAACAUCGAUCAGGUCACAUAGUGUGUAUCAGCAGUGUCCAGGGUAAAAUUGCUAUUCCAUUCAGAUCAGCUUAUGCUGCUUCAAAGCAUGCACUGCAAGCUUGGUGUGAUUCGGCCAGAGCUGAAUUAGCUGAUCGAAAUAUAAAGGUCACUGUCAUAAAUCCAGGCUACAUUAAAACUGCUCUAUCUCUAAAUGCCUUAACGGGAACUGGCCAUACAUACGGAGUUAUGGAUGAAACAACGGAAAAGGGUUAUUCUCCAAAAUACGUGUCCGAUAAGAUUUUAAACGCUGUGUUAAAAGAGGAAAGGGAAAUAACUAUAGCAACAUUCACACCUAAAGCUGCAAUCUAUUUGCGAACAGUAUUACCUUCCAUUUAUUUCUGGAUCAUGCAGAAGCGCGGUAAGAAUUUGGCAAAGCAAGAGUAGUUGCUUGUCACGAGAUGUAAUUACAAUGAGGUGAACGAACGCUUUAUGUUCCAUGCAUGUACAUAUGUACUUACUUGGCGGACAAGAUUUAGAUUGUUUAAAAAGAAAACAAUGGAAUCAUAUUUCCAAAAUAUAUACCUGAUCAAUUGAUUGCUUUUCAAGUGUCAACGCAAGAAUAUCGCAAGAAAGCGAUAAAUCGUUAUGUAUUUGUUAAAGGAAAUCAGUACGUGUUGUAUACAAGUUGAAUUUGUUUAUAAGUUUUAUAAUAAAUGUGAAUUAUACAUAUAA